AUGAGCUUGUCCACUUUCCUCACCGCAGCCCUUCUAGGCUUGCAGGUCAAUGCUCUGCCUGGACGCAACCAUCAGGCCGUCGUGACGCGUGAUUGCCCUGACUAUACCACCUACUCCGCCCAGAAGCAUGGGCCUUAUAGCGACGGUCCGUUGAAGUUGCCCUUCCAGCGACCGGUUGAAUCAUGCCGCACUUUCUCAUCGGAAAAGGUAGAAAAGGUCAUUGACGAUAUCACUUCGCGACUGGUCGACAAGGAUCUUGCCCAGAUCUUCCGCAAUGCCUACCCCAACACACUCGACACCACCAUCCGUUGGCACGUUGACGACUCGAACAUGACCGCGAUGCAUCGCAAUACUAAGCGCGAGAAUGCGGACUGGAGCGGUCUUCAGACGUUCAUCGUCACUGGCGACAUCAAUGCGGAGUGGUUGCGCGACUCCACGAACCAGCUCACGAACUACCAGAAGCUGGCGUCGCAGGACAAGGAUCUGUACAAUCUCAUUCUUGGGGCUAUUCGAACUCAAUCCGAGUUUGUGAUUGGAUCACCAUACUGUAACGCCUUUCAGGCGCCCUCGGUCAGCGGCAUCAAGCCCGAGAACAACACUCAGGUCGAUACUGUGCAUCCGCCAUACAGCAAGUCAUUUGUGUACGAGUGCAAGUACGAACUUGACUCGCUUGCUCACUUCCUGAAGUUGGGCCGCGAAUUCCACGAGAACACCGGCUCCACUGAGCACCUGACCGAGCGCUGGUUCAAGGCCCUACAGACCGUCUUGGACAGCAUUGAUGCGCAGUCGAAACCUACUUUCAACUCCAAGAGCCAAUAUGUCAAGAAUGUGUAUACCUUUCAGCGCCAGACUACUAUUGCGGCACCGGCCUUAUCCGAAGCGCCUUCCGUCCCAGCGAUGAUGCCACCAUUCUACCUUACUUUAUCCCCCCCUAACGCCAUGAUGUCUGUCGAGCUGCAGAAGACCGCUACUGUCCUAAAGGCUGCCGGCGGCCAUGAUGACCUGGCUGAUGAGCUUCAGGAGCGCGGCAACAAGCUUGCCGAGGCGGUUCGCAAACACGGUAUUGUAAACCAUCCCGUUUAUGGCGACGUCUACGCCUUUGAAGUUGACGGAUAUGGUGGUCGUAUCUUGAUGGAUGAUGCGAACGUCCCCUCUCUUCUGUCUUUGCCUUAUCUCGGCUUCUUGGACGAGACGGACCAGGUUUACCAGAACACCCGCAAGAUGAUCACUAGCAAGGACGGCAACCCAUACUUCUUGGAAGGAUCUGAUUUCCACGGUAUUGGUGGCCCUCACAUUGGCCUCACAAAUGCCUGGCCAAUGUCUCUUCUUAUCCAGGCUCAGACUUCGGAAAACGCCACUGAGAUCAAGGAAUGCAUUGAUCUGGUCCGUGAUUCGAGUCUCCUGGGCCUCAUUCACGAGUCGAUCAACGUCAACAACGUCACGGCGUACACUCGGCCCUGGUUCUCGUGGGCCAAUUCGGUCUUCGCGCAGACGAUCCUCAAGGUUGCCGCUGAGAAGCCUGAGAUCCUGUUUGGAGAUGAUGCUGAACCCUAUACUGUUCAAUGA